AUGUUAAUCAUCUUUAAGAANAACGACGCAGAGGCCGCACGAGAAGCUUACACGAAAUUUCUGGAACGCUACCCAUACUGCUACGGCUACUGGAGGAAGUUUGCUGAUUACGAGAAGAAGAAGGGGAACCCAGAGAACGUCCAAACGGUGUUCGAUCAAGGAUUGAAAGCUAUUUCGCUCAGCGUCGACCUUUGGCUGCACUACAUCAACCACUGCAAAACCGUCUACGAGAAAGAUGAAGAGAAAAUGCGGGAGCAGUACGAGAGAGCCAUCCGAGCCUGCGGCUUGGAAUUCAGGUCCGAUCGACUUUGGGAGAGUUACAUCAAGUGGGAAUUGGGGGGGAAGCGGCUCAGCAAAGUCACUGCCCUCUAUGACCGACUUUUGUGCACUCCCACGCUUGGGUAUAUCACGCAUUUCGAGGCAUUCCAAGAAUUCGUCUCGUCGAAUCUUCCAAACCGCAUUCUGAGCGUCGAUGAUUUUCUCGCACUACGGGCCGAAGUUAAGGCGCUCUUGAAGUCCGAGGACACCACUCCGGCUUCUACCGAUGAUGCGCCACCAGGAGAAGAACCCCCACCUCAUGAGGUACCUCCUACCGACGAAGAAACCAGAGCCAUCCGAGAAAAGAUUAUUAGCAGUAGGCGCAAAAUGCACAAAGCGAAUGUUAACGCAGUCGCCGCAAGGUGGUCUUACGAGGAAGGGAUCAAGAGACCGUACUUCCACGUGAAGCCUCUGGAACGUUGUCAACUGAAGAACUGGAAGGAAUAUUUGGAUUUUGAAAUCGAACAGAAAGAUCAGAAUCGUAUAAUCAUCCUGUUUGAACGCUGCCUUAUCGCUUGUGCAUUGUAUGACGAAUUUUGGAUGAGG